AAGGGUGUACUUUGUUUAUGACAGAACAAUUUGACAGAUAAUGCAUCACUCAUAUUGGUCCAAAGUCCAGACUUUACCUAGUCAAUGAAGCAAACUGGCAUACAUAGUUCAAAGAGGCAUUACAGAAUUCCCAAUCGUGGAAUAAGCGUCCCACAUCCUAUAACUGUGAUCAGGGCAGGAGAGAGAUGGAUAUCCUGGAGACAAGUGCAUAUGAUCGCAGACAACGCAGGAACACGUCCUGUGUUCUGUUUCUUUAUCUCCUCCCAUUUUUUGCAUCCUGCACAUUAUAUUUCUUCUUGUGGAUCCCAGACUCCGCCCCCUCUGUUCUAGCUGCUGGCAUAAAGGCCGCCCCUGUCUUCUCUCUGGCUCUUCUGGUGUUCAGCUAUAAUGGGGGGCGGAGUCUAAUGGGUGUGGCUGGAGGAUUGCUGUUCUCAGUGGCCGGAGACUGUUGCCUUGUGUGGCCACAACUUUUUAUCCAUGGAAUGGGCUGCUUUGCUCUAGCCCACAUGCUUUACUCUGUGUCUUUCCUCUCCUCUCGGUAUUCUACAACAUCCUCCUCUUCCUUAUUCUUCAUCCUUUACCUCCUGCUCUGGUUGAUCGGCGGUGGAAUUUAUGCUUACUUGGUGCCAUUCCUCCGACUUGAUCCAGAAGGUGAUGUUCUCGUUCCAGCCAUAGGGGGCUACAUCCUGCUCAUUGUCCUAAUGGCCACGCUGGCUGUUCGUACAAGGCGACCAUUCCUCCUGCUGGGCAGCCUGGUCUUCAUGGCUUCAGACCUUAUAAUUGCACUAACAAAGUUCAAUGUCGUUGAUCUUGAAUACGAGAAGCACACCAUUAUGAUAACAUACUACCUGGCACAGCUGAUGAUUGCGCUGGGUGACGUGAAGGCAACACUGGAGGAGGAUGCUGACGAUUUACACAAAUGGAAGAGAUCAUAAGCACACAGGAUAUUAGCUCAGCCAUAAGGAACCAGUAAUGCCAAUCAAGCCCAAAUUUGUGUAUCAUCACUGAGAACAGUUGAUCACUGUGUAAAACAGUACCACAGUCCUAUUUUACACAGUGAUGUGUCUGUCUAGCUGUAAAUGCAGAACUGAGUAGACAUGGGCUCACAUGAGUGAGUACAAACAUCCCUAAAUAUCCAAAAUAUUACACUGACCUAUCAAUUAAAACAAUUCUUCUUGCUUACCUCUCUACAUCAAUUGAAGGCCAAGCUCCAAACAACAGGCUCUGUGUGACAUGAACUAAAACUAUUUAAAUCUAGAUAAGUUUUUUCCUAACAUAGAUAGAAUUUUUUUUUUUACAUGACAAGCUCAGAUGCUUCACAUGUUUAACACUGAGCCCUGCGACCAUAUAUUUGUAAGAGCAGAGGAGAGUGUGUCAUACUUGAACAGAAUAAAGGAGGUGAUGUCACAUGUGAUGGAGUUAUUCUUAUUGAUUAAUUCAUGAUACUUCAUGAGUUCCUGGCAAUAUAGAACUAUUAGACGUCAAAUUUUAAUUGUCAACUUUAUAUUAUAAAAAUAUUAGAAUGGGCUAAAACCUUGUGAGAUUUAUUUAGUAUUUUAUUACUUAUUUUUGUAGCAUGUAUAGGCUGUUGCGAAACCUGCUAAAGAUCUUUCUCCAUUAUUAUCAUUCAAUUUAUAUCUCCAGAAAGGAAAAAAGACGUUAAAGAGUUAAAACUGAUGUGUGUCAUUUUUUAAUUGAUUUAUUUUUUGGAUGUUCAAAUACUUUCUUCUAUUGCAGUUUUAUAUGUAGAAACACUUGUAAGUAAACCAUUUGUAGUUUGAUUUCCCUGAAAAGUGUAAACACUGUGGCUUUGUGGCACUUUUCUCAUUCUUCUAUUUGUUUGGAGCGUCCUGUCCAGCUCGACACAACAACACCGACUCAACCAAUGGAGUGAGUUUGGAGCAGGACUAUGUGUUAGUCUGACAAAUGACAGAUGAAGAGUGUAUUCAAAAAGCUGUUUACAAGCUAUGCUUAUUUUUGCAAUUCAGUUUGGUGACGCUAGUGGCGCAGAAAUGACACACUCUAGCUUUCAAAGCAAACAAUUAAAAAAAUAUUGCAACAUUUAUAUUCGAAUAUUUAAUAUUUUCUUUCUGUAUAAAUUUUACAGUAAACAUAUAAGCAAACAUGACAUAGGAUCCUGAAAUAGCUGGAAAAUCAUCAUUAUGCAGAAAAUGAUUUAAAGGAAUAGUUCACCCAAAAAUAAAAAUGCCAUCAACAUUUACUCAUCCCCAUGCCACCCCAGAUGUGUUCAACUUUCUUUCUUCUGCUGAACACAAAUGAAAUGUUUAGAAAAAUAUCUUAUCUCUGUAGGUUCUUACAAUGCAAGUGAAUGGUGACCAGAAAUUUGAAGGUCCAA